AUGGAUUCCCUCAGCACAGCAAAUGUUGAAUUUUGCCUUGAUGUGUUCAAAGAGCUGAACAAUAACAACGUGGGAGAUAACAUCUUCUUUUCCCCACUGAGUUUGCUUUAUGCUCUAAGUAUGGUCCUACUUGGUGCCAGAGGACGCAGUGCAGAACAGAUGGAAAAGGUGCUUCACUUUAAUCAUAUUGCAGAACCAUUAAAGCUGCAGUUUAAGGACUCGGCUGAGUGCAGCCAAGCUGGAAGGAUUCACUCAGAGUUUGGAGUCUUACUCUCUCAGAUCAACCAGCCAGACUCUAACUAUACGCUCAGCAUUGCCAACAAACUCUACGGGACACAGGACGUGGCAUUCCUUCAGCAAUAUUUAAGCUGUUCUGAGAAAUUGUACCAAGCCAGGCUGCAAGCUGUUGAUUUUCAACAGUCUCCAGAAGAAACGAGGCAAACUAUUAAUGCUUGGGUUGAAAGUAAAACUAAUGGAAAAAUUACAAACCUCUUUGGAAAGGGCACAAUCGACCCUUCUUCUGUACUGGUCUUGGUGAAUGCCAUCUAUUUCAAAGGACAAUGGCAAAGUAAAUUUCAGGAGCGAGAGACGAUUAAAGCCCCCUUUCAGCUAAGUGAGGGUAAGAGCGUACUUGUGGACAUGAUGUAUCAGACGGGGACGUUUAACAUGGCCUUCGUCAGGGAGCCGCAGAUGCAAGUGCUGGAGCUGCCCUACGCGGACCGCACACUGAGCCUGGUUGUCCUGCUGCCGGCGGGCGCCACGGCUCUAGAUCAGGUAGAGAAGCAGCUGAAUGUGAAGACAUUUUAUAAGUGGACCAGCUCUUCCAACAUGAUGCAAAGAGACGUCGAGGUCCAUUUGCCCCGAUUCAAACUGGAGAUCAAGUAUGAGUUGAAUUCCCUGCUAAAAUCCCUUGGGAUGAUAGAUGUCUUCAAUCAGAUCAAAGCUGACCUGUCUGGAAUAUCAACAGCCAAGGGCCUGUAUUUAUCAAAGGUAGUCCACAAGUCCUAUGUGGAUGUCAAUGAAGAGGGCACCGAGGCAGCGACGGCCACUGGGGACAACCUUGUCAUGAAAAGACUCCCCAUCCGUGCUCAGUUUGUGGCAAACCGCCCUUUCCUGUUCUUUAUAAAGCACUCCGGCACCAACACCAUUCUCUUCUGCGGAAAGCUCGCCUCUCCCUAA